GUCAUCAAAAAAAGUUUUGCCACAGUGUCCCAAGAAGAUCUCUUUUAAUGUCAAUUGCUCGUCUCUUGGACGAACACUUUCAUUACCCUACUCCAACAUUUACAGCCCAUCAGGUAUGGCAAUCGAUGGUGAAGCUUCACUUAUUACAAAGAGAAUCAUUUGAAGUUAAUAAAAUGGUAGAUUAUGAGAGGGAUCUUGGUGAAGUUUGGCAGAAUCAUCCCAGCCCGUUUGGUUGCAUAUAACCUCCUAGCAUUGCCAGUACCUAACUGGAAACUGACAAGUGAGUGGAGCGUUGAGGAAGUAUAUCUGCUUAUUGACAACAUUAUAAAUUGGGAAUUACAGCCUCGUUCUUUACAAAAUCUUGAGAAAUCUGCCUUUCAGUCAGCAAAUGAAGAUCUGCUAAAUCAGGGAUAUUGUAAAUCUCCUGAACAUUGUUAUGAACUGUGGCAAUAUCUUGUAACCACAUACAGUCAUGGUGGAUAUAGAAACUUUGCAGAGCAACUUUGCAUUUUGCAUCUGAUAAACCCUUCAGUUUUACAAACAAAACCUUCUAGCUUACAGGUCAAAAUCCAUAGCAUCAGUUGUGUGUCUAACUAUGAAAGUCAAACUGGCAUUGCAAAACAGACCAAGACACUGAAGAGGCCACCAGAAGAUAUAGAAAGUACUAUACUGGAGUGCAUUCCAAAAAGCCCCAUAAAAAAGCUGAAAGUGUGUGCGAAAUUUAAUGCCCCAGGCAAUGUGGUAUCAUACGUUCGUAUAAAUGUUCCAAAACAAAAGCGUAGUAUCCAAGUGUCAACAGAUGAACUAAAUUAUGACAAAAAACACAAAAAAAUUUAUUCUAUUAAUAAUGCCAGUAAUAGAAAAGUGAAGAAAAUGACAAGAGAUAGUAAUAAAAUUCUUCCAGGACAUGUAUUAACUGUCAGCUUAGAAAGUGAACUUUCUCACAGUCAAGGAAAAACAAAAGCUAUAUCAGAUGAAAGUAACAAAAAUGAAAAUCUACUAGAUGAGAUUAUUAUCAAAAGUGAAGAUAUAUUAGAGGAGAGGAGUACAUCAUUAAUAAGAGAUACAGAUGAUAAUCUUGUGCAAAAAUCAAAACCAAGCUCUCAAUAUUACUUCAAGUGUAGUCCAGAUUCCAAGGAAGAAAAAUAAAGGUUGAUAUUACAAAAGUGAUAGUGAAUAAAAAAACAAAGGUAAUCGAGGGCCGGACAACAGGAGUUUU